UGCGCGCCGUGGCGGGGACGGACGCAGGCCGGGGGGUGCGGGCACGCGGGCCUCUUGCGCGGACGCACCGAUCGAGCCACCGCUGCGGCUGCCUUCGUUGGGGGCCUGGCCGGUGGGGCCGUGCGGGCCCAGAGAGUCCGCCGAGUUUCAGGAGGAACCUCAGUCCAUGUCCAGUAUUUACAAGAUCUUGGGAUAUAAGUAGUAGUGCUGUGAAUAGAUUGUGUGUCUGAAAAUCGGGACCUUCUCCCCGCUCUGCCAAAAUAACUCAGCGUGUUCACUCUUGAUGCCUGAAGAAAAUAACACUUAGGCGUUAUGCAGAACCACAGGUGAUAGAAUGUUGAACUGGAAGGACUUUGGGUAUCUUCAAAUCUAGUUCCUUUGUUUUGCAACUAAAGAAACGAGAUCUGGAGAGGUUAAUGGGUAUUCCCAACUCACAUUGUGUGCUAAGCCAAGUGCCUUGAUGAAGAAGAGCAAAGAAAGGUUCUAAUUUUGUUUCUAAGUGUGUCAAUGAAAUUGCUGAUAAUGCUGAUCUUCUCCUUGAAAACGUGAAGAGGGAGGAGCCAGUUGUCCCUGUGCAUAUUUCAGGGGAGUAGGGUCCUUUUCUGAUUUGGGUAGAAGGCAUGUUUGUUACCAUGAAGCUGCUGCACCCAGCCGUCCGUAGCUGCUGCCUGCUGGCCCUGCUCAGCAUAUGGAGAGCUGCUCCUGAGGCUCACGCUGCAUUGGCGGCCACUCCAGGCAUCAGCGCCGCCUCCUUCCUGCAGGACCUCAUGCAUCGCUAUGGGGAGGGCGACAGCCUUACCUUACAGCAGCUGAAGGCCCUGCUCAACCACCUAGAUGUGGGUGUGGGCUGGGACAAUGUCACCCAGCCUGUGCAGGGACAGAGGAACCUCUCCACGUGCUUUAGUUCUGGAGACCUCUUUGCUGCCCACAACUUCAGUGACCAGUCACGGAUCGGGAGGCGGGAGUUCCAGGAGUUCUGCCCUGCUGUCCUCCAGCAGCUCGAUUCCCGGGCCUGCUCCUCUGAGAACCAGGAGAAUGAGGAAAAUGAGCAGACGGAGGAGGGGAAGCCAAGCUCAGUCGAAGUGUGGGGCUUCGGUUUCCUCAGUGUCUCACUGAUUAACCUAGCCUCUCUCCUGGGAGUCCUCGUCCUGCCAUGCACGGAGAAAGCAUUUUUCAGCCGUGUGCUCACUUACUUCAUCGCCCUGUCCAUUGGAACGCUGCUCUCUAAUGCGCUCUUCCAACUCAUCCCAGAGGCUUUUGGUUUCAACCCUCUGAAAGAUCCUUAUGUCCCUAAGUCUGCAGUGGUGUUUGGGGGCUUUUAUCUUUUCUUUUUCACAGAGAAGAUCUUGAAAAUACUUCUUAAGCAGAAAAACGAGCAGCAUCACGGACAUAGCCAUUAUGCCUCUGAGACACUUCCCUCCAAGAAGGACCAGGAGGAGGGGGUGACGGAGAAGUUGCAGAACGGGGAUCUGGACCACAUGAUUCCUCAGCACUGCAGCGGUAAGCUGGAUGGGAAGGCCCCCGUGACGGACGAGAAGGUCAUCGUGGGCUCGCUCUCUGUCCAGGACCUGCAGGCCUCCCAGGGCGCCUGUUACUGGCUGAAGGGUGUCCGCUACUCUGACAUUGGCACUCUGGCCUGGAUGAUCACCCUGAGCGACGGCCUGCACAACUUCAUUGACGGCCUGGCCAUCGGUGCCUCCUUCACUGUGUCCGUCUUCCAAGGCAUCAGCACCUCGGUGGCCAUCCUCUGCGAGGAGUUCCCACACGAGCUUGGGGACUUUGUCAUCCUGCUCAACGCUGGGAUGAGUAUCCAGCAGGCUCUCUUCUUCAACUUCCUCUCUGCCUGCUGCUGUUAUGUGGGUCUGGCCUUUGGCAUCCUGGCCGGCAGCCACUUCUCUCCCACCUGGAUCUUUGCACUGGCUGGAGGAAUGUUCUUAUAUAUUUCUCUGGCUGAUAUGUUCCCUGAGAUGAAUGAGGUCUGCCAAGAGGACGAAAGGAAGGGCAGCACCUUGGUCCCCUUUGUCAUCCAGAACCUGGGCCUCCUGACUGGCUUCGCCAUCAUGCUUGUGCUCACCAAGUAUUCCGGAGAGAUCCAGAUCGGGUAGGCCCAGCCGGGAUCCGGAGGGGCUGGGAGGCAGCCUGGACCCUGGCCGCAGGCCCAGUGGCCACGACGCACCUCCGAAGAGGCAGUCCUAUGAAAAACUGUGACACAGACUGUAUUCCUGCAUUUAAAUAUCAGCUGGUUUUAAAAUGCCCUCUCCUAGGACAAGCUGCCCUGGUAACCACCUUCUCAGUAGUGCCUCUCUCAUUCUCCUCCCCUAUUUCUCAGAGUGACUCUGGAACUUGAAUGCAGCUCGGAAGACAAGCCUGACUUUUGUUCUCUGGUUAGCCUGGCCUCUUACUCUUCAAACCAGUGCUGAGAGAUUUUUAAUCCCUGGCCGCACAAUGAACAAAACAAAACUAAAACAAAAAGCCAGUGAUCAUAGUUCAGUUAGAAAUAUCAGGAGGUGAAUCUAUAGUUUGGGACCUAUGAAUCUAAAUGUGUAUCCUGAUCCUCAAGAUGACCCACUUUGAAAUGGAUUCACCUGUUUUCAUGGAAAAAGUACAGGAAUCCCUUCUAUUUCUUCAAAGUCUGUUGGGUUGCCUCCAAGAGAACUGAAAGUUGGGACAGAUGUGUGGGGCAAGAGGGGAGGCAGGGAUCACGCAAGAGGGGCAGGAGAGGUGUGUGUCCUGUCGUGACCAUCACUUGCUCCUGCUGGGGUGUUGGAUGUUAAUUUGGUGGCUGCACCUGGUGUUUCAUGUCUGUCCAAGUGGGCUAGCAUGUGGUUCAAUGGCCUUGGAUGUCCCCUUUCAGAUUCAUGCUAACAGAAUGGAGGGCUGAGAGUGGAGGCCUGCAAGAAAUGAAUUGGCUUUGCUGUGACUGCCACUUCGCCUUCCACCUCCCACCUUCUGCGAGACUCUGCAGUUGCCUCCCUAGAAGCACAUUCUGAGCACACGUACGAUGCUCGUAUUACAGGGGAGACUGCGCAAGUUUACUUCCCCUGGUCAGCACUGCUUCUGCAGAGUGGCAAGUUUACUUGUAGGAUUGGGUUGCAGCUCAUGUUGUUAGACAAAGGUAGUCAGAGGGAGUCAGUGCAGGCAGCGUUCAGAAAUUGUUAAUGCCAUAAGGGGAAGUACAAAUAACAGAACGAGGAGACAUAAGGUCUGAAACUUGAGUUGGGCACUGUACGUGUUUGCAGAACAGAGGACUUACUGAUGUGCUGUGAAUUAAAUUAUGUUAAUUUAUGACAUAAUUAUGUUAUUAAUUAGGCAUGCACACAGUGUAGGUGAUUUCUUCCUCCCUCACCCCGAACCAGAAAGUGUAAAUCGUGUACUGAAUUGGAUACACUGGUCUUUGAGACUGUAGGCCAGCCUCAGGCACUGUGGAGCCCGCUCCUCAGAACUUUGGCUUCAAGGGGAGCUCAUCUCCAGGUUCACUAGGUGAAUUGCUUUAUUAUUAUCAUAUUGAUAAUGUGAGAUUCUUUAGCCGCUUUGGGGAGCCACUCUCUCCGGAAGCCUUUCUUAGUGGUGCCCACAGCUGCAGUCCAGGGGCUGUGCUCACCAACUGACUCGUGUGCCUGCCCGAGUGCUGGUUCCUGGCCCGCACCUGUGAACGCUUCUGCUUGCACACAGGAGAGCUUUCCCCUGCACAGUAAUUAAAGCAACAUCUGGUCUCUUCUUGGAAAGUGUCCCUCAAACCAGGAAUAUUCUUAAGAAGAUGAAUCGGAAAAAUACUGGUGAUGCUUUAAAAGUGUCCUCGUUGACAUGGAUCAAUUUGAGAAUGGGCUGAAGAGGGAGGAAAACUUCAGUUACCAAGAUUCUAGAUAAAAUGUCAGGACUGACUCAUGGGAUUACAGUCCAGUUUUACCAAAGAACCAGUUCCUUGUAUGUUGGAAUCUAACUUUUAUUUUACCAUUAUUACUGUUAUUACUGUUUUAACAUGAUUCUUUGUCUUUUCUGUUUUACUUUUCUCAAUUUCUGAAAUUGCUUUCAGGAGCUAGUAGAAAAAAACACAAAUUUAAAACAUUACAAGAUUUUGCUUUCCUUAAUCCACAAUGAUGUAUUAAGUUUAUAAUUUUAGCAUUCCCUAUAGAUAUGUCAUUCCUUACAAAUACCAUUAUUCAUGGAGUAGAAUACUAAGUUAGAGUUAGUGGGUUUCUAGUUUUAAAGAGAACUCAAAACUAUAAUCUUUAACGAAUUAAAAAGUGAAAAAUGAAGUAGGAUCCUUUCCCUUUUUUUGCACAUCUGUGUUAACAUGUUCAGACAGCUGUCUCAAAGGGAAAUUGGUCUGGAGGCUAGUCCUAGUUGGAGUUCAGGAGGGGUGGAGAUUCUUGAAUACUACAACUGAUUGCAUGUUGCCAUUGGCAACAAAUUUGUCUCACGAGUGGCAACUCCUUUUUGACUUCUAUGUGGUGAAUUUGCUGUUUUAAGCAUUUGUGCAUAUUAGAGGUCUGAGGAAUAGCAAGUCUUGAGAACUUCACCCUUGGCUUUAGUAUCCAAACUCUCUUUCCCCAGGUGGUUAAUGUUAGCAAGGAAGGGCUUACGUCACCUGCAGGAGCUGCUUGUCACCUGCAGGAGCCGCUCGGCCCUGGAGCAGGGCUUCUGCCGCGGCUUGUCCUCACCCUCGUGUGCAGGUUGCCUUCUGUCCUUGCCCCUCAGCAGCUUUCUAUCCAGUGUCACCUGGAGGCUUUCCCUUGGUCCUUCACCCUGGGUUUCCAAAAGAAGGCUUCUCUGUUUAUCCCAAGACCUGUUUUAGUAGGUCCUCUUCCAGAGAGAUGGAAUAUGCUGAAAAUCUGCUUAAUAAACAAAAGUUGUCUGAUCUUUGCAAAAGAGAGAGGUUAGGUUUUUAUUGUUCAUAUUUCCUUUUACAGUUCUGCAAUUCCAUCACAGUAUUUUUUUAAAUAACUCAGGUGUUAUGAGGAUAAAUUAGAAAAUAACUUAUGUUAUGUGGACUGUAAAUGUUUUAUUUGUAAGAUUCUAUAAAUAAAGCUAUAUUCUGUAA